CUACCGACCCGCAUUGUGGAUGUCGGCGCGGGCGAUGGAUCGGAAAAUCCCAAGCUGCUUGAGACUCGUGAACUUCGCGCCGAAUAUGUCGCUCUAUCUCAUUGUUGGGGUCCGCCUGAAAGUCAUCCGCUGAAGACAACAUGGUCGAACCUACACUCUCAUCAGUCGGAAAUCCCGUGGGUGGCCAUCCCAAAGACGUUCCAGGAUGCCAUAUCUACCGUACGCGGCCUCGGUUUGCGGUAUAUCUGGAUUGACAGUUUAUGCAUCGUCCAAGAUGAUAGCGAUGAGUGGCUGCGCGAGUCCAAGAGAAUGAAUUCUGUGUAUCAGAAUGCGGUGCUAACACUGGCUUCAUGCCACUCUCCCGAUGCACAUACUGGAUGUUACCUUCCACGUCCUCCUAUGCCUCCUUCAGCAGGACUUCCCAACUUCAUGGAAUCAUCAUGUAAUGCUGGUACUUUAAGGUGCUCCGGAGAGGAGAAUGAGGCAUCCGUCUUCCUUGCUUUGCCUCACCAGUCAUAUCGCAGCCUUUCUCCGGAAUCCUCGCCCCUGGCUGUUCGCGCCUGGGCAACUCAAGAAUGGCUGCUCUCCAGACGCAUGGUCUUCUUUACCGAAGGGUCACUGACCUGGUCAUGUAAGACGUAUACGCAGCGGGAGACUGGCGAGAAGUGCCACAACACGGCACGAAACCCUAAAUGGAAACAUAUUAUUGAGCACUACAGCAUUAGAAAGCUAAGCCAUUGGACUGACCGAAUGGUAGCCCUCGAAGGACUGGCAGCAGAAUUACAACCUCUCAUCCGCGGCGUAUAUCGAUGGGGAAUUUGGGAAAACGGAUGCCCCGACCAGCUCUUCUGGUAUGCGAAACCAUCCACCACGCCUGCUCAGCCCCGAGUAAGGUAUAAUCCCCUUGGCGCCCCAACGUGGAGCUGGGUGUCG